AUUCCUCGUGCUCUUUCUUUCCAACUCGGCCCGACAGAAUGGCUCCCGCAAAGAAGGAUGGUGAGAAGAAAAAGGGCCGUUCUGCCAUCAACGAGAUGGCGACCCGAGAAUACACCAACAUUCACAAGCGCAUCCAUGGAGUGGGCUUCAGGAAGCGUGCCCCUUGGGCACUCAGAGAGAUUCAGAAAUUUGCUAUGAAGGAGAUGGGAACUCCAGGUGUGCGCAUUGAUACCAGGCUCAACAAAGCUGUCUGGGCCAAAGGAAUAAGGAAUGUCCCAUACCGAAUCCGUGUACGGUUGUCCAGAAAACGUAAUGAGGAUGAAGAGUCACCAAAUAAGCUCUAUAUUUUGGUUACCUAUGUACCUUUUAGCCCUUUCGAAAAUCUACAGACAGUCAAUGUGGAUGAGAACUAA